AAGAUCUGACAACUGUGAGUGGUUGCUCUACACAGCCCCUCAAUAGUGUCCCUGGAAAGCCGCGACCCUGGAGUGAAGGAACCACUUUUGACUAGCUACAUGCUGCCCUGAGACAUAUCCUCACUCGUCCCUUGUCGCCUCACUAUUUCUCACCGUUAACGCCAAAUCAAACUCACCUGUCGCAAAGACACAUCGACGAGCGGAUGUUCCACAUCCUUGCCAUCUGGUCACACCAUCUCCUUCCACACCGACAUGACGAAGACUUGCAUAAUCUGCGGCGGCGAUGAGGCCAGCGGAGACCAGCUUCUCCAAGCCCCAUGUCAGCGCCACUGGGUCUGUACAGACGAUGUGAGCAGUUUCUUUCAGCGCGCAGCCGAGAACGAGAGCCUGUAUCCUCCCAAGUGCUGCGGCCAGCUUUUCCUGCUCGACGAGUAUGAGGCUCAUGUGCCAUUCGAAGUAUCAUGGGCCUACCAGAAGAAAGCGCAGGGGGAGUAUUCUGUGCUAGCUAAGUAUCGCGUCUACUGCGCCAACCCAGCUUGCUCAGAGUUUCUCGGCCCUGCCACACAUGUGAAAGACCCAUCCACCAAUACUAGUUACGCCGUUUGCCAUCAAGAUACGUGCGGUAAGCUGACAUGCACGGCAUGCAAGACGCUGGUAGAUGGUGUUGGGAGCCACAUCUGCGAGCAGAACGAUGACUAUAAGAAGUUUAAACAGACAGCUACAGAGAAGGGCUUCCAGGAGUGUCCGACCUGUGCUUCCACAGUGGAACUAGCGGAGGCCUGUAACCAUGUCACCUGUGAGUGCGGUACACAGUUUUGCUAUAUCUGUGGUAUGGAAUGGCAAGGCAUGCACGGCUGCCCCCACUAUGGACCUGCGGUCUAUGAUGAGGAUGGUUAUAAUCAGGAUGGGUUUCACCGGAUCACAGGCCUCAACCGAGCGGAGCGCACACGCCACGAGCAAUUCAGGGUCGAUCAUGAAGAUGAUGGUGAGUCGGACAACGAAGAUGAUGCUCCGGACGACGAAGACGGCGGGAACGGGGUCGAGAAUGGGCUCGAUUUCGAUGCAGAGCAAAGAAUCUUGCAGCAUGUCGGGCCACCCGUUCGCGAGGUCUUCGACAGACUUCCACGCGAAGAACGCGACAUCUUCUUGAUCAACCUCCAGAUCCAUCUCUUCGAGGCUCACGGCAUCUCUGUUAAUACGGAUCCCACGGAGGGUGACGGACAGGGCCAGAUCGAUGAUGACGACGACGAUGAGGAAAGUGCCGAUAGCGACCCUGAAGUCGAUGCUAGCAACAACGGUGAUGAAGACGGUGAUGGACCGAACAACAGCGCUGAACAACAAGAGAACGACAACGUAUCUUUG